UUCCUGUCGGCGCUGCGCACUGCUGCCCGCCGGAGCUGGGGCCGCCGGGAGCGCGCACAGCCCCCGCACCCGCGGAAUGCGACCGCCACAGGGCACGGCGAGGCGGCGGCGGCACCCUUUUGAAACAUGGGACCUUGGGAGGGCUGUCCAGAGUCCCUUUUGCAUUUGGGGAGCAUCCAGACAUGCUGGGCGCCUCACUGCGCACUGGCUGUGCAAGGACUCCGACGCAGUGGAGACAGAGCUUGCUGUGUCUGUUUUGAGUGAUUGAAUUUCUAAUGUGUGCAGAGAUCGUGUUUGAAAACGGAUCUCUCAGAGCCUCUGAGGUAGUUCUGCAAAGAACGUUAUUCCCUUGUUAAAAUUCAACGUGUGUAUCUCAUGUGACUGUCCAGUUCAUUAUUCAGCUCUCCCAAACUGAAGACUGAGGACCAAGCCUGUCACAGGCUCCUACAGUUGGGCUCCUGCCAACAGUGCAAAUAACUGACCAGCUUGUUGGAAGAUGACGUUUAUUCCUGCUUAAAGCUGCUGUUCUGAAAACAAACAGUAGAAGAAUGUGGAAGAAUUCAAGCCUCCGCUGCCUUUUAGCACUUGCUAUUUUAUGCUUAAGAAACUUAGUAUAUUGCCAAGAGAUAGGUUCUCUAGGGCACCCCCAGAAUUUGAAAUGUGUAACGCACAAUUUACACAAAAUGAUCUGUACUUGGGAUGUGUCUCCUAGAAGAAGACACGGACAAACUGACUUUUGCUACACUACCAAUGACCUCCCCACUCCGGUGUGUUUUAAAACUAAGGAGAAAAGGGUUGAGAUUCCAGUCCCACAUAGCUCCAGCACAGUGACAAUAACCACAAACAGCAUCUCUGAAACGAAAGAAUUUAGAAUUCACAAGAAAGAUGUGUUGUUUAUUCCUGUCACUCCACGCAUUCUUAGUUUAACGCCUGACUUUUCAACUUCCACAUUAAAUCUGAAGUGGAAUGAUAAUGGAUCACUCUUCCCAGAUGGACUGGAUGCUGUUUGGCAGAUUCAGAUACUCCGAAAAGAAACAAUGGAAAAAGUCACACAAGUUACUUACCACUCAAAACUGACUCAUGAAGACAUCAUUCUUUCUUGGAACUGGACAUCAGAUAUGCCUUUGGAGUGCACAUCGCACUAUGUGAAGAUUCGCUGUUAUAUUAAUGCAACACAGUUUGUUGGCCUCAAAGAGUGGAGUGACUGGAGCCCAGUAGAAAUGAUCCCUGGAAAAGAUACCGAUCCCAGUGAGAGUGGAGUGUUUCCUCUGGACACUGUGGUGGCAGUAGGUUCAGAUGUGACAUUUUGUUGUGUCCAUGAAGAAGGUCAGAACAUUACAAAUAUGAGUUAUGGAUCGAAGCCCUACCCAAUGAUACAGCUGAGCAGUCGGAGCCAUGCAAUCAGAGUACUAAAUGCCAGUGCUUCAGAUACCAGUGGCACAAAUGUAGUGUGCAGACUCAACAACGGAAUGAUGGAGGGAACUGUCCUGUUUGUAGGAUAUGCUCCUGAUAUUCCCCAAAACCUCAGCUGUGAAACACCCAAUUUCCAGAUAAUAAAAUGCACCUGGAAACCUGGCAGACCCAGUGGACUGUAUGGCAAACGAAGAACAAAGUACAGUUUAUUUGAAAGAACAUCUGGUAAAAAUGUUUCAUGCGAAGUCAGUGAAAUGAACAGAGAGCGUGUCUGUGGCUUUCCAGUACUGCCUGAUCAAAAAACCUAUGAUUUCAUAUUAGGCGUCUCCAAUCCCAUUGGGCAAGCAGAGUCAUCUCUUUCGGUUGAUAUAACUCAAAGAGUUCAUCCAAAAACCCCAGAAAAGUUGACUGUUUCUGAAAACAACUCUACAGGCAUUCAUCUGCGUUGGUUUAUAAAUGGCAGCUUUGCUCAGAUCAGGCUUCUGUGUCAAAUUGAAAUUAGCAGUGGUCACUCUGAGCAAAAACUACACAAUGUCUCCAUGCCUGGUGGGAAAUCCUCGACUUACACAGCUCAUCUGAAUCCAUUACGCCCCUAUACGAAAUACCAGUUCAGGGUGCGCUGUUCAGCUGCUGACCAUUUCUGGAAGUGGAGUGAGUGGAGCAGGGUAAAAGAGUACACAACAUCAGAAGCCCCUCCUGCAAGAGGACCAGACAUCUGGAGAGAGAGAAGUCCUUCUGGAGAAAGUCUGAAAAUCUUCUGGAAGCCCUUAUCCCUUUCUGAAGCCAAUGGAAGAAUAGUGUCUCACGAAGUGUCCUGCUACCUGCUAGAGACACCACUGGUGCAUAAAGUAGUCACUGAACCCUCAAACAGUACUGAGAUAAAACUUGGAAAAAAUGACUGUGAAAUUAGUGUUGUAGCCAAAAACCAAGCAGGCUCGUCGCCUCCUUCAAGGAUAACAAGCGUGGAGCUUCCAACUGACAAUAUCAUAACAGGACAGGCCGUGGCAAUGGGGAAUGGAAUUAAUGUUUCUUGGGAUUCUUACCCCAACGUGACCUGUGGCUACAUAGUAAAAUGGUGUCAUUCAUCUGGGUCUGAACCCUGUAGUGUGGACUGGCAGAAAUUUCCUUCAAAUACAACAAAUGCAGUGAUAAAAUCUGCUCUGUUUAAACCUGGCGUGAGAUACAACUUUUCAGUGUAUGGCUGCAAAUCCACUGGAUAUCAGUUGUUGAAAAACAUAACUGGGUAUAUGAAAGAGCUGCCGCCAAAAAGUGCACCAAAUUUUACUGUCGAAGAAACUUCUUCAGAUUCUAUAUUGGUAAAAUGGGAAGAUAUUCCUAUUGAAGAAUGCCGAGGGUUUCUAAAGGGGUAUCUUCUUUCCUUUGCAAAAGGUGAAAAGGAUGCUAUAAAGCCUAGACUUUCAGAAUCAGGGAAUCCAGAACUUAAAGUGAACAAUAUCACUAACUUAACACAGAAGUCUAUGAAAAUACUUGAUCUUCAAGGCAAAACAAGUUACCAGCUGGAGCUACAAGCCUACACUGCUGGUGGGUUGAGCCCUCCAAACAGCCUCUAUGUCGUGACAAAGGAGGACUCUGUAGGAUUAAUCAUUGCAAUUCUCAUCCCCGUGGCAGUGGUGGUGCUGCUUGGAGUGAUGGCCAGCAUCUUGUGCUACCGAAAGAGGGAAUGGAUUAAAGAAACAUUUUAUCCAGAGAUCCCAAAUCCUGAAAAUAGUAAGGCACUGCAGUUUCAGAGGAACAUCUGCGAGGGGAAUAAGACGCUUAAAACACUGGAAAUGAACCCAUGCACCCCGAAUAGUGUUGAAGUGGUGGAAGCACAGUCUGCAGCUCCCAAGAUCGAAGACACGGAGAUGAUGUCCCCAGCAGCAGACACCACUGUGCCUGAAGAUGGCUCUGACUCAGAAAUGGAGAAUCAUGUUGUUGUGUCCUACUGCCCCCCUAUCAUUGAGGAGGAGCUCUCAAAUCCCCCUACAGAUGAACCUGGGGGGUCAUCUCAGGUGGUUUACAUUGACAUUCAAUCAAUGUAUCAGCCUCAAAUUAAAUCAGAGGAGGAGCCAGAAAUAGACGUAGUGACUACAGCAGGCUAUAAGCCACAAAUGCAGCUGUCUGUCAGUGCUCUGAACACAGAGAGCCGCUCACCUGUGGAGGAAGAAUUGGAUAAAACUGCAGGUUACAGACCUCAAGCAAACACAAAUGCCUGGAACAUGGACACUCCGGACUCUCCUGGAUCAGUUGAAAGCAACAAUGAAAAUGCAUCCUUUGGGAGCCCAUGCUCCAUUAAUUCCCGACAGUUUCUUCUUCCCCCAAAGGAUGAUGAAGACUCUCCUAAACCCAUUAACAUAGGGUGGUCCUUCACACAUUUUUUUCAGAACAAACCAAAUGAUUAAUAGUGAGUCCUUGUUGCUCCUGAACCUGCCUUCCAAAUAAGCUUUUAUUCCUGAUGUUGUAAAGAAAGCAAGAAGAAAAGUGCAAAGAGCAUGAAAUAUUCUUGGAGACAGUCAGCAGAAGUUCUAGUGAGCUGAAUGUUAUCAUGUUUGAGAUAGUGAAAGUGUUAAUAUUCCAUUGUAAUAGAUGCCGAAAGGCCAAAGUUAUAGCAAUUUAGUUAUUACUCUAGUAAAAUAUAUUGGAUAUAAGGGGUAUUGGGUUUAGAGCCCUUAUAAUCAUAGUCAAAGAACUCUGCCUACCUUCACAUAGUGCUCCAAGAUUAAGUCUCAUGCAGCUUAUAACUUGGAAAGACUGCUUUGCUUUGUUGUAGUUGUUCUCAACCACGCAGACUCAAAUGAUGCAGCCCCAACAGGUUUCCUUACUAAAGUUUUCAUUUAUCACAAAUCUCAUCUUAAUACACAGAAACAGUGUAGUUGGAAACUGUUGAGAUCUUUUACCUAGUUAUAAACCAAAUGAGAGUGCUAUUUUUAUCUUCUCCCAUAUGGAAGGUUAUUGUCACUGUUUAACACUUCUGAAGCAAUGGCCAUUCAAACCUGUUGCUUUUUAACUAGACACUAGUUUCUGUACCUACUGUACAAUGUUUAUUCAAUGUUUGACUCAGGAGUACAAACUUGGGGAAAAAAAGUGUAACACUGAUUGAAACCUCAAUAAGAACUGCAUAAAGUUUAAUUAUUUUUUUUUUUAACUUAGGAUGCUCUAUAUUUUUCUGUCCUAUGGUUAAGGAGUUAAUCUUUCCUAAGGUGUUGCACUAAUACAUUUUGUAUUUCAUAGCUUCUGCUCCAGACAUCCUGCUUCAAAGUGGUACAGUAUUCCAUUCACCCUUUGUGUCCAGCAGUCUUUGCACUAUGUGGUAAUUUAAGCCAUGAGGAAAUCUCUGUCCACUCACAUUAGCUGUCCAAGCAGUUUGGCAUGUGAAAUUAGAGGUAGUAGUACUAGCUCCUUGAGAGGAAAUUGCUCUUUUGAUGGUCUUUAUUAUAUUAGCUUUGUAUUACCUGCUGCCCGGCUGAUCUUAAGUGUCUACCCCACAGGACCUCCUAUUCAAAUCCUACCUGGGAGUACAAGGUAGGAUCUCUCUAGUGGCAGGGAGAAACCCAAGGAGGUUUUAGUGCGGCUAUUUCUACCUCUCCUUUACCAGAUAUGUGAUGCAAAGAAAGAUUAAAUGAUGUACAUUUUUGUGCUUAAAGGAGUGUUCAGAACAAUCAUCUUUUAACAUGCUUGUUUUCGCUUAUGCAUCUCUAGACAGCUGUAACUGUAGUAUUUCACUGUGUAAACUUCAGACUGUGGCAUACAUGGAUUUCACUAGUUUACAGGAGAAACUUUCUAACUUACCUGUUCAUUACUGUAAAACACAGUGAUGAGGUGUCAGGUGUUAAACAGCUUGAUCAAAAGGGUCUCCAUAAAGUCCUAACCAAUUUUUUUUCAGAUCUCCAUUUCCUUAGCUACUUUGUGGUAAUUGCAGCAAUGGAUGGUGCAGUUUCAGCUGUUGGCAUGUCUCUGCCAUCUUCGUAGAAU